AUGAAAGUGGCAGUGAUAGUAGCUGCGUUAAUUACUGUAGCAGCCUGUCAAGAUGAAGAAAAUGUUCCUAAUGAUCAAGAAGAAGCUUCCACAGAGAAUAGGCCUAGAGUAAGAUACUUUUUUAUCAUUCUGUUGAACACCUUUUUAGUACCUGUAAUGUUAUGCCAAGAACGUUACAGUAUAUAUACUAAACUUUCCAAAAAAGUUACAAAUGUAACAAAUAGUUGAUGCCGUUCUGAAUUAGUGGUUCAUCUUUUAGGUCCUUAAAAAGCUAAACUUCGUGCCACGACUAUUCAGAAACAUGUCAAAAGACUCAUCCACAGACCUAUUCAUGAGUAUGAUAAAGUAUGGUGAGGUAUCUGGCAGAGACUUCGUCAAGAGUAUCAAAAGGACCAAAAAUUCUCAGCUAAAGAAGCCCAGUGUCAGAACAACCCUUAGAGUCAACAACGUCAUCAUCAGAAAGACCUUACACUUGAUCGAAAACAUGGUAACUCUAUUUUAAUACUAUAUAGAUAAAAUAUUGUAGUAAUUCAAAAACCAAUAGUAAAGACAAUUCCACUAAAAACCUAGCCAAAACAAGCUAAAAUCGAUCAUAUAAAAUAUUAUUUUAGAUCCCAAGGCAAUCCCGUAUCCCAAUAAUAGCCCUGCUAGCUCAAUACUUUGUCAAUGCUGACCGAGACGACGUUAAUAUCUUCGAAGUAAAGUUCGAGAAGCUGAUAGAAGGUCUGGUGAACAUCAAGAAGUUAAUGGUGCCGUUUGUCCCCUUCAAAGACCUUUACUAUCUCGAUGCCCAUCUGGCUGAUCUACUACAUUGUCGUGGACAUCUGGACAUGGAACAACAAUAA